AUGUACGUUUGGAAAACCUUCACCAACCAUGGUCUCCGGAUCCUGGACUCAGGAAGUGCCGCUGGAACCUGGGCCUUCGAUGUCGCAAGCAAAUGCACCCUAUCAACCCACUACUUCCUCAGCACUGACAUCAACAGCACAAUCUUUCUAGUCGAGAGCUCCAAAGACUUCGACUUCUUACAACACGACAUCCGCACCCCAUUCCCCACCAACCUCCACAACAGCUUCGACUUCGCCCAUCAGCGUAACGUCCUAGCAGGAGCCUACGGCACUCCCCUCAAGCAAUCCGGCCAGAACCUUACCGACACCAUCGAGCCAGGGGGGUGGAUUCAACUGAUAGAGCUAGACGAUGAUGUCCUUCCUGAAAGCAAUGGUCCAGCUUAUACGACGUUUAUCAAGUUGGUUCGACACAUUAUGCGUAUGUUGGGAGUCCCUAACAUCGGUGCGGAGUUCAAGCCAACUCUGGAAGCCAUCGGAUUUGUGAACGUCCAGGAGAAGAUCUUCCGACCUCACAUGUGGAGCAGGAUCGUUGCGACCGCGCCGCAUCUUUGUGAUGCGUCGGUUGAGGCGCCUUGUGGUGCGGUGCCGCAAUUGCUGAAGGCGAAUGGCAGAAUCCCAAAGCCUGUCAACAAACUACUCAUCAAAAUCGACACCAUUCGCUGCACGACCAUGACCGUCUAUCACCUCGCCCUCCUCAUCCUCUCCUUCAUCUGCACUGUCAUGACCACUCUCCUGCCCCUGCGCAUCCUGUGA